UCACCACCCAACUACCCUAAUUUCUCACUUUUACACUGUAUAUAUAUACAAUAAAAGGGUUUCUCUUAAAGCCACUACUAAAAAAAAAACCCAAUUUUUCUUCCUCCAAUUUGUACAGGAAAGAUCAACAAACCAAGCCAUGGGUGGAGGCAAUGGACAGAAGGCAAAGAUGGCUCGUGAGAAGAACAUGGAAAAGAUGAAAGGCCAAAAGGGAAGUCAGCUUGAGGCUAACAAGAAGGCUAUGAAUAUCCAGUGCAAGGUGUGCAUGCAGACAUUCAUUUGCACCACUUCUGAAGUUAAGUGCAGAGAACAUGCUGAGGCGAAACAUCCCAAAUCUGAUGUCUAUGCAUGUUUCCCUAAUCUCAAGAAAUGAUUCACAUAUCAGAGUCUGGGCUGAUGGUUGUUUCCCAACUAUGUUUCUAAAUUCUGUUAACCAUGAUAAAGUUUGAAUCUGUUCAAAAGUUGUUGCUUCGUUCUGCUUCAAACUGUUGAUGGGCUACUUAGUUUGGAACUCUGUGUGAAAUAUAUGUCUAUAAUAACUGCCUCCUCUUGGAUUCAUAUCUGCUA